AUGAGGGCGAGGAGGAGGCUUACAGUCCUUCUGCUGGAGACAGCAGAGCCCAAUCACAACGGUAUCUCACCCGGGAGCCAGGUGACGGGCGUGGCGACCGAUGACCCCGAGGAGGCGGCCACGCUGGUCUCCGUUUACCUGGACGACAUCAAGAGUCAUCGAUUCGAUGACGUCCCAGGAGUUCGACGGCACCUGGUGAGGCGGAGUUCCAGAGGCCCCAUCGUCCACGUCGGCAAAGAAAAGCCCUGCGAGACAAACCAGCACCUGCAGCCGGACCGCACGCCCCACGAGGUGUUCGUGGAGCUGAACGAGCUGGUGAUCGACAGAAACCAGGAGCCGCAGUGGAGGGAGACGGCUCGAUGGAUCAAGUUUGAGGAGGACGUGGAGGAGGAGACGGACCGCUGGGGGAGGCCGCACAUCGCUUCUCUAACUUUUCGCUCCCUGCUUGAGCUCCGAAGAGUAAUCACCCACGGGGCAGUCCUCCUGGAUCUGAAGCAGAGGACUCUGCAGGGCAUCGCUCAACAAGUGGUGGAGCAGAUGGUGAUCUCAGAUCAGAUCAGAGCUGAAGACCGAGCCAACGUCCUGAGAGCUUUGCAGCUCCGACACAGUCACCCCAGUGAUGGGAAGGACCACAGCUCCUUCAGCAAGGACAUCCUUGCUACCAACAUGGCCACCCACACAAAAAUGCACAACGGCCAAUCAGAGCCCUUCAUUCACCCUCCCAAUCAUACAGAAGCUGAUGAAGAGAUGAACAGGAGUGAGGCUCCGGCCCCUAUUCACUCCAGAUCCAAACAUGAAGUGAAGCUGAUGGAGAAGAUUCCAGAAGGAGCCGAGGCGACCGUGGUCCUUGUUGGCAGUGUGGAUUUCCUCGACCAGCCUUCCAUGGCCUUUGUCCGGUUACAUGAAGCAGUCUUGCUGGAGUCUGUGUUGGAGGUUCCCGUCCCUGUCAAGUUCCUCUUCCUCCUUCUGGGCCCACUCACCGCCAAUAUUGACUACCAUGAGAUUGGACGGUCCAUUUCAACACUAAUGGCCAACAAGCAAUUCCACGAUGGGGCGUAUCAGGCGGAUAACCCCCAGGACCUGCUGACGGCCAUCAAUCAUUUCCUGGACUGCAGCAUAGUGCUUCCGCCCGCUGAAGUCAGUGAUGAUGAGCUGCUCCACUCCGUCGCCCGCUUCCAGCAGGAAAUGCUCAGAAAGAGGGAAGAAAAGAGCAUCAAGCCUCCUGAGAAACAGACCAGCAUUCAGCUCGAGGAAGAAUCACUUGUUCCCAUCAAAUCCAGUGAUGAGACUUUGCGGCGUACGGGUCGUCUGUUUGGCGGUUUGAUCAAAGAUGUGACUCGGCGCUAUCCUCAGUAUGUCAGUGACAUCCGAGACGCUCUGAAUCCGCAGUGCAUGGCGGCCAUCAUCUUCAUCUACUUCGCUGCACUCUCUCCUGCGAUAACAUUCGGGGGCCUGCUGGGUGAGAAAACAGAAGGUCUGAUUGGCGUGUCGGAGCUGAUUGUUGCCACAGCAAUGCAGGGCAUUAUUUUCAGUCUGCUGGGGGCUCAGCCUCUGCUUGUGAUCGGGUUUUCUGGGCCUUUGCUGGUAUUUGAAGAAGCCUUCUACACGUUCUGUAAAGUCAAUGAGGUUGAGUAUCUGACUGGCCGGGUGUGGAUCGGUUUCUGGCUGGUGCUCAUCGUCGUCCUGACCGUGGCCUUUGAGGGAAGCAUCCUCGUCCGCUUUGUUUCCCGCUUCACUCAGGAGAUCUUCUCCUUCCUCAUCUCUCUCAUUUUUAUCUAUGAGACCUUUGUCAAACUAUUCAAGAUUUUUCAAGAGCAUCCACUACGGAACUGUCUCCAUGGAAACAGCACAGUGCUCCCAUCUAUAAACAACUCCAGUGCGACUUCUGGAAGUCCAGGAAAAGUUGUUGGGGAGCCAAACACUGCUCUGCUUUCAUUCGUCCUCAUGUCAGGAACAUAUUUCAUUGCUUUCUACCUGCGCAAGUUCAAGAACAGUUCCUUCUUCCCAGGAAAGCUCCGUAGGAUCAUUGGUGACUUUGGGGUUCCUAUUGCCAUCCUGAUCAUGGUGCUGGUGGAUUACAGCGUGGAGGAUACCUACACUCAAAAACUGAGUGUGCCCAGAGGAUUCUCAGUGUCCAGCCCGGAGAAGAGAGGAUGGCUGAUCUCUCCUCUGGGGUCAGAUGGACAGUUUCCAGUUUGGAUGAUGGGUGCCAGCAUCUUGCCAGGAAUCCUCGUCUUCAUCCUGAUCUUCAUGGAGUCACAAAUCACAGCGCUGAUCGUCAGUAAGAAAGAGAGGAUGCUGGUUAAAGGAACCGGCUUUCAUGUGGACCUCCUCAUUAUCGUGGUGGUCGGCGGGAUCUCAGCGCUGUUUGGUCUGCCCUGGUUGUCUGCCGCCACCGUCCGGUCGGUCACCCACACCAAUGCCCUGACCGUCAUGAGUAAAGCUGUAGCCCCAGGAGACAAGCCUCGCAUCCAAGAAGUCAAGGAACAGAGGGUUACUGGCUUCCUGGUGGCUGUUUUAGUGGGGUUCUCCAUCGUGAUUGGAGAUGUUCUUCGUCAGAUCCCUCUGGCAGUUCUGUUUGGGAUCUUCCUCUAUAUGGGUGUGAUGUCCCUGAAUGGAAUCCAGCUCACUGAGAGACUCAUUCUUCUGCUAAUGCCCCCGAAGUAUCACCCGGACCAGAAUUACGUCCGGAAGGUGUGCGAGAUGUUCGACCACCUGUUUGCUCUGCUGGAGGAGAGGAAGGGAGAGAUGACGGUCAGGAUCAACGCCGAGCAGGAUGAAAAGCUCAACUACAUCCGCAACCUGACCAAGAAGUACACCGAGCACCUGGACAGCACCGCCAAGCUGGUGGAGACCGCCAUCCAGACCAUGGACGAGUCCGAGAUGGCCGUGUUCCUGCAGACUGCGAAACCUCUGCUUCAGAAAAUUGUGGAGGGCACCAGCACCUCUCACCUGGACAAGGUUCAACGAGGUUACGAGAACAUGGACCACUUCACUGCCAAUUUCGAACUCCAGAGGAAAGCACUGAGCCAAGUGGACUUCAUCAAACUUGAUGAAGACGAUGACGAUGAUGAAGACGAGGUGGAGAUCAGAUCGUCAGCGGGAAGUCGGGCUGAGUCACAUCAUCAUGUCGGACCUGUGGCGGCUGCUUCCAGCCAACCCCCUCCUCAGUCACCCGUGCCACCCACGCAGAGGCACUCAGAGGCCCCGCCCACCCCGAGGCCCUUAGAGACCCCGCCCAUCCCGAGAGCCCUAGAGACCCCACCCGUCCCGAGAGCCCUGCAGACCUCCCCCACCCCGAGACGGCUGGAGGCGUCACCCACACCACCCUCGCACACAAAGAAUCCGUCGUCGUCCGGCCCGGCGCCGUCCCCGCUGCCCCUCCCCACAGCAAGCUCUGCCUCCCAGUCUGAUCAGCAGAGUGAGGCGGACGACAAAGACGGACCGAAACACGUUUUCUCUUUCAGCUGGCUCAACCAGAAAUAACGCCCAGAUCAUUGUGAGGUGCUCCUCCUCCUCCUCCUCUUCCUACUCAUCCUCUUCCUCUUCCUGCACCUUCUCCUCCCCUUUGCUACAUUCUAAUAGUUUUCGCACUGAAAAA